UAUUAAUUUAUUUAAUUAAUUUUUCUUCAGAUAUUAGGUGAAAAGAAAAGGAGAGAACGGAUAGUAAUAUAUAAAUAUCAACGCUGUACGAAAGAGAUUUUUUCCCUUCCGAAGUUGUGGUGGUUAACAGAAUCACAUUUUUUACUCAAUCGGAAAGUAGGAGCGAAAAACGAGAUAACGAAGCAAUAACAGCCGGAAUCCGCCAUGAGAACUCUUCAAGCUUCCACCUCCUACAGCGUUGGCUUUGGAAUUUCAUCUUUUGCUACUCGUCCUAAGCCUUCUACUCAUCGCUGCCUCACCGUAGCCAAAAUGGAGCCAUCAGAGAAAUCUGUUGAAAUCAUGAGGAAAUUCUCGGAGCAGUAUGCUCGCAGGUCAGAAACAUAUUUCUGCAUGGACAAAGGUGUUACUUCUGUGGUCAUCAAGGGUUUGGCAGAGCACAAGGAUACAUUGGGCGCUCCACUCUGCCCCUGCCGGCAUUAUGAUGACAAAGCUGCAGAAGCGCAGCAGGGCUUCUGGAAUUGUCCAUGUGUACCAAUGAGAGAGAGGAAGGAGUGUCACUGCAUGCUUUUUCUGACCCCUGAUAAUGAUUUUGCUGGAGAAGAACAGACAAUUACUAUGGAGGAGAUUAAGGAAACAACAGCCAACAUGUGAUGCUCGGACAUCUUAUACAUGCUAUGAUUAUUACGUUUUUGUUGUACAUGUAUAUUUGAGUUGUAGAUGAAGAGCAACAAUCAAAGUUCUGAUGUGACAUGUUGCUGAAACCCCAUCCAUUACAUUGUUGUGAUUCUGAUCUCGUCAAAUGAGCUUGGGUGGGUGAAUACCAGAGUGCAAUUAUGCUAACUGUUGUGUGAUGCAUCUAGAUUGUAUGAGUCAGUAAUAGGGGAUUUUGGGUAGCUUCAGCUAAUGCAAAUCCUGAUUUUGUAUAAAACGGGAAUCAAUUUCCAAUAGCUGCUUUGUGAAGUUCAAUCCCAGGCGCCUGACGUGUUAAUAAUGAAAUGGAGACAUCUC